AUGGUUAAGACUAGAGGAUUAGGCCAUGCGUUAGGUAGGGUUGGUGCCAGGGGUCUGGGUAAAAGAGGGGAUGGUGAUGAUAUUGACGGUGCUCCCCAGCGCCAAACUCCGACCGCAUCGGCAUGCAGGCGACGGGUACCAGUCAUUCUUGACGAUGAUGUGCCUGUGGUACCUGCAGACUCGCCUGCGAUACCAGAGGCAGAGGCUGUUGUAGCUGGGGAUGAGCCCAUGGUAGAUGCUGCCGCACAGGACACUGGUGCAGAGACUAACACACAGGAUACCGGUGCAGAGACUGGCGGGGAUGAGCCUGUGGGAUUUCCUGGUGGACCCAGGGACCUAUCAGUGCUUACAGAGUAUGUUGACCAUGUUGCGGGCAGCGUAUGGUCUGGACAGGAACGUCUUGAGUUGAAGUUAUGCUCCCAUGGGAGGAAGGUGCAUAACUUGGGCGGGCCUGUUCCUGUAAUUGAGAACAUGCCUCUGUGCACCGACGAGGCAGUGGUGUUGUUGGUUGAGUUACUGAUGGUCUCAGCAGAGGUGGCCAUGGCCGAGACAGGCCAAUAUGGUGGACCAUAUGCAUUCCAUGACCUCACUCUUGCUGGGCGGUAUGCAUGGGGAGCUGCUGGCCUCGUCCAUAUGUACGAUCAGCUUAAUGAUGCCAGUCUCAACACCAGCCGACAACUUGCUGGUUACAUCACCUUGUUACAGUGUUGGAUAUACGAGCACUUUCCGUCAAUUGCGGAGUGCAAUGCUAAUCCGGACUAUGACGAGGUGUCACCACGUGCGUGUCGGUGGAUUGCGACGAAGAAGACUGUGAAGAAGGUAUCUACAGCGAUGUACAAGCAGCGCUUGGAUCGUCUGAGGAUCCCAGAUGUCUGCUGGAUGCCAUAUGCGGAGCACCGACCCGUGCAGGACUUUCAUCCAAUUUUGUGCUUCUCGGGACAGCUCCGCUGGGGGCCUGUUGUUGUUAGAUACAGACCGGAGAGGGUUAUGCGCCAGUUCGGCUACGUCCAGUGCAUUCCUGCACACCCUAUCCAUUCAUGGGUGUCAUAUGAUGACGUGGGCGAUACUUGGACACACUACUCAAACCAUCUGGCGGCAGCAGGUGAUCUAUUUGUUGUGCCAGGUCAGUGUGCGCCUGACUACAUGGACUGGUUCUUUGUCAUAUUGCAUCCAUUCAUGACUGCGCCACAGAUGGAUCCUCCUCGAGAUGCAUAUGCGACGCAACCCAGUCAUAUCCCUCAUGAGGUAGCACCGACAUCGACACAUGCGGAUCGUGAUGCGGACGAGCCCAGACAUGCAGUGGAGGCUCACCAUGCAAUUGUGGAGGCGUUGGAGCAGCAUCUAAAUGCGCUAGGCACAUCCACACAUGAAGAGGUCAUCCAAAAUUGUCUCAAGAUUGUCAGGGGUGUCACAGAAGACGUGAGGAAUAAACGUGUUAAUGAGUCAGUUUCUGGCGAGGCUUCUGCUCAACCCCAAGAUGUAGCCCUAAGAGGCCGUGGACGUGGUCACGGUCGUGGACGAGGAAGACUUGGUAGGGGUGGCGGAAUGCAAGAGGUUGAGGUUCCUAGGGCUACACUUGGGAACCCAACACUAGCUCAGUUGACGGCUAAUAUGCAAAAUAUGCAAGAGAUAUUAGAUGGUGCGCAACAUGAACAACCCCUGGUUCAGCCUACUGUGGCGGAGGUUCCCUUGAGUGCAUUCACAAAGCUUAAUCCAUCGACUUUCAGUGGCUCAGACAUUCAUGAGGGUCCUCAGACCUUUGUAGAUGAGGUGUCAUAG